AUGCCAUUCUUCAGCACCAUUGAAGCUAAUCUAACAGGUGCUUUUGGUCGGUUGGCGGAGGUUCCCCCCAUCCACAUAAUCAGAUGGUUACUAAAGUUGGUGAGCAUUGGUAAAUAUAUGAUUUUACAUUCGAUCUGGUCAUUAUUGAGUUGCUUCUUUGAUCUAACUAUACGUUCCGAUUCAGUCAAUAAUGGUUUAACUGUGUUCCUCAGGGUGCUUACAAUUUUUCCAUUCAUUGGAUCUCCCUUGGCCCAUCGAAUUUCCAGUUUAAUAGGCUUUUUAAAGGGUAAGUUUAUGCCGUUCAUGGAUAACAUGAUAAAAGCCAUUGAAUAUACGUUUCAGGUAAAGAUGAUAAAUGAUACUUUGAUGAAUGAAAAUGUUAAAAUAGUUGUUACCGGUGAUCCAUUUGGGCUUAAUUAUGUUGAUUCGGCUCCGCUGACUACGUUGAUUUUGUCAAACCACAGAUCUAUCAUUGAUUACAUCGUUAUCAGCAAAUUGAUUUUAGAAACAAAGGAGGCUAUUCCAGAUCACAGGAAAUUUUUAUGGUCGUUGGUACGUACAAAACAAUUCAAGCUACCUCCUCCAAUGGACUUCAUUACAUGGGCUCGAAUUACCAAUUUUCCUACUUUGAGGCUACUAUUCAAUAUUUGGUCGAAAGAUGAGAAUAGCAUAGUUUCCGUGUCCAAUUUGCAUUCCCAUAUUCUCAAAAAUAGGAAUAGUGCUUUCAUUUUGUUUCCAGAGGUCAAUAUUAUUACUCCAGAAUUGGUGAUGAUACAACAGAAAUUGUUGAAGUCAAAAUAUGAGGAUACCCCUUCGUUGAAGCAAGUGUUAUAUCCGAGAUAUAAACAAUUAAACGCUGUGAUCAAAGACUUGGCUUGUUGGAAGAAAAUUAAGAAACGGCAUAGCUUAAUGGAGCAUGUUGUAGAUAGGCUUGACAAGUGGCUACAUGACGAUGAACUGAUUGAACAAGACUUUGUCGAACUCGAAAGUCUUUUGAACGCUGACACCGAAUUCGAGAAAGUGCACAAACCUGUCCAUUCUGAAAAAGUUAGAAUAAAUGAGUUCAUGUACCAUUUUACAAUUGUAUACUAUCAACCUGUACUUAAACGAAACGAUCCUAGCCAUAUCCAUGAGCACAAUAAACCUACUGGGAUUAGGGAACCUCAUUAUCAAUUGGAGCACAUCACUCCAUCGCUAUGGGAUAUGUAUAAAGCAAAGAACGGAGAUAGGCCAAUAAUCAUUAAAAUACACGUAGAGAGAUGCCGUAUGGAUCCUUUACUACACAUGAAAUCUCGUCAUUUGGAGAAGUGGUUAGAAAACGUUUGGUGUGAGAAGGAAAAACGAAUAACGGUCAUGGAAAGUGCUGUUAAGUUACAAUGA